GAGGAAAGUGAAUUCUGAAAAUGGCGUCGUUUUGGCUCGUCUCUCGCGCUUCGCGUAGGUUUCUGGAAGUGAAACCUUCACUUUCUCUCUCCCGCACCCUAUUCGCAGUUUCUACUUACCAACCAACCACCACCACCACCACCACCUCGAAAAAUUCUAACCCUAACGCUUAUCCCAACGGAACCCAGUUGGGCCCAUUCACUCAGAGGCACCGUUGGAUUCCCAGUUGCGUCGAAUUUGAUCUGAGACUCGUAGCCCACAUCUCCAGCUCGUCUUCAUCUACAGGCGCCAAGAAGGACGGAAAUCAGGGCAGCAAUGACGUCAAGGUUGAAGUUGAGACUUCUUGGAUCGACUUGUACUUGCCAAGACAAGCUCGCCCUUAUGCGAAGCUCGCUCGCCUCGACAGGCCCAUUGGCACUUGGUUGCUCGCUUGGCCUUGUAUGUGGUCAAUAACAUUGGCUGCAAGCCCAGGGCACCUUCCUGAUAUUAAGAUGAUGACACUAUUUGGAUGCGGGGCUCUGCUCUUAAGGGGCGCUGGAUGCACCAUAAACGAUCUCCUUGACCGGGAUAUUGAUACCAUGGUGGAACGUACAAAAUUGCGGCCAGUUGCAAGUGGUCUUUUGACACCUUUUCAGGGGAUUUGUUUUCUUGGAUUUCAAUUGCUUUUGGGUUUUGGAAUUCUCCUUCAACUGAAUAAUUAUAGCCGCGUUUUUGGGGCUUCAUCAUUGUUGCUAGUUUUCUCCUAUCCUCUCAUGAAGAGGUUGACAUUCUGGCCUCAAGCCUUUCUAGGUUUGACCUUUAAUUGGGGAGCUUUAUUAGGAUGGGCUGCAGUUAAAGGAAGCAUUGAUCCAGCUAUAGUGCUCCCAUUGUACCUUUCUGGAGUUUGCUGGACACUUGUGUAUGAUACAAUAUACGCACAUCAGGAUAAGGAAGAUGAUCUGAAAGUAGGUGUUAAGUCUACUGCAUUGAGAUUUGGUGAUUCAACUAAGGAGUGGAUUACUGGGUUUGGAAUUAUGUGCAGCGGCAGUCUUGCCCUCAGUGGAUAUAAUGCUGAAAUCGGUUUUGUUUCCUCCUUUAUUUUCAUUUUCUUUUUGUUUUAUUUUUAUAAUUUUUUCUUUUACCGUUAUUGGAACUUCAAUCCAAUUCUUUUUCCUUCUGCCACAUCCUCACACCAAUCUUUCAACUAUGGAGCAGGCUGGCCAUACUAUGCAUUUUUGGGGGCUGCAUCUGGACAAUUAGCUUGGCAGAUAUGGACUGCUGACCUUUCAUCCCGGGUUGAUUGCAACAGAAAAUUUGUGUCGAACAAGUGGUUUGGUGCUAUUAUUUUCAGUGGAAUCCUGUUUGGAAAACUUUCAUCGUAGGGGUAAGGUUACUUUUGGAGUAGUUACUUCCAACCUUGGGGUACUCUUAUUAUGGGCAAUGUCUUGAAUCAAGUUUAUAUGAAUUAUGGGAUAAGAAGAAGGUAGAGAGGAGCGCGAGCGAGAGCGAGAGAAAGCAAAUUCUAAAAGAAGAGAAUGAGAUGGCCAUGCCAUUUAGCAAAAGUACCAAUCUUUUGUCAAGGUCGUGACACUGUCUCCAUCUCUCUGUCUGUUUGUUUUGGCUCUUCCCAGUUUACAGAGUGGAAUUUGGAUCCAACUUUUGGCAACCACCUUGGUCCACAGAAUAGUCAGUAAUUCUACUACUCAUCAGAGAAGAACGACACAGUAGUUUUUUUUUUUUUCCUUGAUCCGGGUAAUUUUGUUUUCUUUAAUUGAUCAGUAAUUUCAUCUAUUGUUUUACUUUUAAGUAUGAAAUUAUUGUUAAUACAUAUUGCAGUUCUUGGUAAGUAUGAAAUUUGAUUUGCAA